CAUCUGUAAUGGAGGCUUGUGUACAUGGUCAUACAGAAAUAGUAAAGAUGUUGUUAGACAGAGGAGCAGACUGUAAUAAAUGUGGUGAAGAUGACAGUUCACCUUUAAUGGAGGCUUGUGUACAUGGUCAUCCAGAAAUAGUAAAGAUGUUGUUAGACAGAGGAGCAGACUAUAAUAAACUUGACUGGAGGGAUCAGACACCUGUAAUGAAGGCUUGUAAACAUGGUCAUACAGAAAUAAUAAAGAUGUUGUUAGACAGAGGAGCAGACUGUAAUAAAUGUGAUGAAGAUGACGGAUCACUUUUAAUUGAGGCUUGUGAACAUGGUCAUAUAGAAAUAGUAAAGAUGUUGUUAGACAGAGGAGCAGACUAUAAUAAACGUGACUGGAGGGGUCAGUCUCCUGGAAUGAAGGCUUGUGAACAAGGUCAUACAGGC